CAGAAGACAGACAGAAGAGAGAGAGAGAGUCAUCAAUCACAUGGAAGGUUGUGGAUAAAACAAAACAGCAACUCUCCCUCCCUCCAUACACGACGACCCACCCCCACACACUCUUCUCCUCUCAAUCUUCAUCACUUACAUGGAAGCUAGAAGACUCGCGAUCCUCUGCUCCCAUCUCAACCCCUCUGGUCCGUACCCAGCCCGAGACUCGAUUCUCAGGGUUUCCGAUUGUAGCUCCAGCGAAGACAAGGUGGAAUCAUCCAAUCUCCAAAACGACUGCGUUUUCUGUAAGAUUGUCCGUGGCGAGUCUCCAUGUCUCAAGUUGUACGAGGAUGAUAUGUGUUUGUGUAUUUUGGAUACGAGUCCUCUUAUCCAUGGGCACUCACUUAUCAUUCCAAAGUUACAUUAUCCAACUUUAGAGGAAACACCUCCCUCAGUAGUUGCUGCCAUGUGUUCUAAAGUGCCUCUUAUCAGUAAUGCCAUCGUCAAAGCUACUGACAGUGAUUCAUUUAACUUGUUGGUUAACAACGGAGCAGCAGCUGGACAAGUCAUAUUUCACACACACAUUCACAUAAUCCCUCGUAAAGAACGUGACUGUUUAUGGACUUCUGAGAGCUUGCAUAGACGCACACUGAAACUGGACAAGGAAGCAUCUCAACUGGCGUCUCGUGUUCGAGAACAAUUGUGCAGACUUCCUGAAGAACAAUUGGUUCAGCCCUCAUAAGUCCCCUCUUCAAGAGACAUGUUGUUGUGAACUUUACAAUUACAAUGUGCCAACACAAAAAGUAUAUUCUGUAUAGUUCAUUUUCAGCUUCAUCUUCAUUUUAUAUAAUACAUUCUUCAGUC